CAGGAUGUUAGGAAGGAAGCCCAUGGGCUAGUAAAAAGCAGGAUUCUCUCCUCAAUCAGCCAAUACCUUCCUUCGCUCACCAACUCCAAACUCCUGUUCUCCCAAAAACCCGAAACCAUCGACUUCAACUUUCUUGUGCACGUUCUUAGUAUACCAGUCACGCCUGUGCUGAAAAAUGUCUUAUACAAGCGAAUCCGAAAGCUACAGCAGCUCCAACUAUCAAUACAGCUUCACCUCCAUUGUCCAAUCACAACGACAAAGUAAUGGAAGCUCUCCCAACACUACCAACACGACUUCCCGGAAAUCUGACUAUCAACCCGGUACCAGUAUCAGACGAGGCACAGCCACGUCUGCCGAUGAUAGGUCUAAAUACUGUGUCAUGAAAGACGGCAGAUGGGAUAAUAUGGACCUAUGCAUGAGAUCGUAUGGCCUUAAGAUGUCGAAUCAUGAAGAUGUCAAGGAGGCCCAAGCGAUCCUGGAUAGUCUUCGAAGGCACGAUGUAGCGAAGUUGCCUAAGGUUAAUACCAAGCAUAUUAUGCCAGGGAGCUACGAGGACGAAGAAGACGGGGACGACGGGGACUAUAUCCAAAGCAAUAGCUCCGACGACAUGAUCAGCCAGACGCGGUUUGUGAGCGGUCCUGCUCAUGUGCGACGAGAUGAGGUGCACGGAAAUGGAAACAUCGAUGUGCUAACCGACGAGCACGAUGACGAUAAUGAUGACGACGACGGGGCCAUUGCGACCUGUGACCAGGAUGACGGAGAUAUGAUUAGUGGUAACAAUAGGUUUGGCGGGUACAAUACUGGAGGCCAUGACUUUAACCCGGGAUAUGACGACGGUGAAAAUGACGAUUAUCCAGAUAACGGUGGAUAUAAUUAUGCAGUCGGGUAUACCGAUGGUUAUGGAGAUGGUUUCGGAGAUGGCUACGAUGACUGGUAG